AUGACAUUGUCUCGUAAAAAGUCAAGUGACGUCGCGAUGCUUAUACCCUUGUUCAAAGUUUUGUAUGGCAGCGAUCCCCGCAAUGCCAGCAAUCCUUACUACCCAGACAACGCCACGGACUUCAACGACUUUUUAGACCGUCGCUUCGGCCAUGUUAAGAAUGGCGCCCUCUUCAGGAAUGCGGAUCCCGGUGAUCUGUACAGCAUGGACGGGUUGGUGGACAUCCUCAGUCAGGCACCUGGGUUGUCCGAUUCCCCAGGAGGGGUUGACCAGUCCAGAGGAAACAUGUCUGCUUCCAUGCAGUUAGCACAGUACUUUGAGGAUCGUCUUCUAGAUCCCGAUGAGCUUCAGGACUUGACCUGCAACGACCACCUCGGAACUUCUCUCUAUGACACAGCCUCAUCUGAUCAAGGAGAAAAUGCUACGGACAGUUUUAGAGAACGAGUAUGCAACCACGAGGAGAGCUACCCUUUGUUUGUUAGUCUCUCUCAAGAGCUGCAUGACCAGAUUGAUCUGGACCAGUUGGUUGACAAGCUAAAUUUGACAGAUAAUGAUCUAAUAAACAGCAGAAUCAAAGCAAUCCUUGCUUCAAAAGAGGUUCAAAAGUUUGCUCGCUUCCAGCAGACGCUUCAAGAUGUGUAUGUUUUUGCCCAAAAGCUUCCUGGAGAUGCAUGCCCCAUCCCGACCACCCCUCCCCCACCCAGCGAGUCUCCAUCCACCACAGAGGCCCCCUCCUACUCCCCCACCCUGACCCCCAUCCUCACCCCACACUCCCCUUCCAUGACCCCUCCCUCUCCCAGCCAAGACCAAGAGGGGGAUCUCGGCACGGAGGCUCCGUACACUACCUUCCCGGACGAUUUAAUCUCGAACUUUACCACAAAUCUCUCCACCAACUUCAAUGGAUCGUGGUUCAACGUGACAACAUCCUCGGUGUCUGGGACCACACCCACUCCAUUGUGGACCACGCCCACCCCGAAGGCAACCAAGAAGCCCAGCCCCCCGCCCAGACCAAAGACGAAGCAGGAGGAACAGAAAGAAAAAGUGGCCCUUCUUUACAAGCUUUGGGCUAAAAUACAGUAUAGCGUGUGCGGCGUGGAACUCAAGGUCAAUCAACACCUCCUUGACAGGGGUGACGUGAGGGGGUUAAAACUCACCCACGACCAGAGGAAGAGUCUUAGCCUCCUGCUUCACGUCCUCUUCAGCCGACCCACAAUCCUCUAUUCGCCGGACACGCCCGAUGUCAGAGAUGUCAUUGAUAAGGCAAGUGACUUCAUCUACCUUGCGAAGAACAUCUCCCAUAGUGCAGAAAGAUGGAUGAAUAUAUCUAAGACGAUCAGAGAGUACCUUGAUAUGAACACAACACAGCUUGCAUUACAGUAUCUAGGAAAGAUGGAAGAACAGCUGAGUGAACAUCCGGAGUUCUUGAGCAACUCCAGCCUGAGUCCCGACCUGCAGGUCUUCAUCACCAACAGUUCCUUGGUGUCUGUUCCCUACAUCAGGAACCAUCUGGACGUCAUUGACAAUGCUGCCUGUGCCUGGUUGGAGCUGACCAGGCCCAUUAAGUGGGAUCUGUUUGUCGGCUUCCCUGAUGAGGCAUCCAUGGUUCGGUACGCCCUCCAGGACUCCCAUUCUGAUGGACGGACUGUCUUUGCAAGUGUUGCCUUCCAGACCAACAAAGAUGGCACGCUUCCGUCCCACACUGUCUACAAGAUCCGCCAGAACUCCUCCUUCACCGACCGCACUGACCUGGUACGACGUCGGUUUUGGCGUCCUGGUGCCAACCACCACCCUGUCCUUGGGUACUACACCUAUGGCUUCGUCUGGGUACAGGAUAUCAUUGACAGAGCCAUCAUUGAUAAGAAAGUGGGAAGGACAGUCAUUGAGCCAGGAAGCUACGCCCAGGAGUUCCCAUACCCUUGCUAUGUCUCAGAUAUGUUCCCAUUUACCAUAGAGCAAGUGAUGCCGAUGGUGAUGGUGAUUUCUUGGGUGUACUCAGUAGCCAUGCUCACACAAAGUAUUGUCUAUGAGAAGGAGCUACGACUCAAGGAGGUCAUGAAGAUGAUGGGACUUAGCAAUGCCGUCCACUGGGUAGCUUGGUUCAUCACCAGCUUCCUGCAGCUCUCUGUGACCACCGGAGCUCUGACUGCCAUGCUGAUCGCUGGCAAGGUACUGGCUAACAGUGACCCCGUCAUUGUCUGGCUCUUCCUUACCGUCUACUCUGUCAGCGUGAUCAGCUUCAGCUUUCUUGUGAGUUCCCUAUUCUCCAAGGCCAAGGUAGCGGCAGCCUGCGCAGGAAUCAUCUACUUCACCAGCUUUGUGCCGUGUAUCUACAUUCAAAUCAGAGAAGAGACUUGGGCCUAUACCACCAUCUCAGCAAUCAUCAAAUCUGUAGCAUCGUUAUCCUGCACCACAGCGUUUGGUCUAGGGGCGCGUUACUUUGCCCUCUACGAGAUCGGUGGUGUCGGGGUGCAGUGGCACACCCUCAACCUGAGCCCGGUGGAACAUGAUGACUUCAACCUGCUUCGGAUCUUCAUAAUGCUGAUAAUUGACAUAGUGCUCUAUCUGCUUCUCACUUGGUACAUAGAAGGCGUCCAUCCAGGUGCAUAUGGUCUGCCCAGACCAUGGUACUUUCCGGUCCAGCCGUCUUAUUGGUUUGGCACUCAUCGGUUCAAAGGAAGCAUCAUGUCAAAGACCUUUUGGAAACCCAAGAGAUACAACCACCUAUCCGUCGUAGAAGACGAUCAGGCAAUGGCCAUGUCAAAUUCAGGCGACGAGCCAGGUUUUGAGCCGGAGCCUAUUGAUCUGGAGCUGGGUGUCUCUAUCGAAAACCUGACCAAAAUUUACAGUACAGGGAAGAAGUUAGCAGUGAACAACCUUUGUCUAAAUCUCUACGAAGGACAGAUCACUUCUUUCUUGGGUCAUAACGGAGCUGGCAAAACCACUACGAUGUCUGUUUUGACUGGGUUAUUCCCACCUACAUCUGGGACUGCAAAGAUUUAUGGCAGUGACAUCAGAACGGACAUGACCUCCAUUAGAAAGAGUCUUGGGAUGUGUCCUCAGCACAACGCCCUCUUUGACAAAUUUACAGUUGAGGACCAUGUCUGGUUUUAUGCUCAGCUGAAAGGAAAACCUAAAUGGCAGAUAAAACAAGAUACUGAUAAACUAAUCAGUGACAUUGGCCUCACCCAUAAGAGGAAUACAGCUGUCCACCGUUUGUCUGGAGGAAUGAAGCGGCGUCUGUCUGUAGCUAUCGCUUUUGUUGGAGACUCCCGUACUGUCAUCCUGGACGAGCCCACUGCUGGUGUUGAUCCUUGUGCCCGAAGAGCAAUCUGGGACCUGCUUCUCAAAUAUAAACAUGGUCGUACCAUUCUCCUCUCCACCCAUCACAUGGAUGAGGCUGACUUCCUCGGUGAUCGUAUAGCGAUCAUCUCCCAUGGUCAGGUUAAGUGUGCUGGGUCAUCUCUGUUCCUCAAGAACUCCUUCGGAGAUGGCUAUCACCUCACAGUGGUCAAGAAACCCGCCGGACAGCCAAGUCAAGGUAGCAGUGAAUCAGACGAUACCCUCGGCACCUCCUUCCGCACCCUCUGUAGCGAGAGCACUGUCACCAAGUUCAUCCAGGAUCUGGUUCCUGGUGCUUACCUGACCAACCAGAACCUGAGAGAGUUGUCCUACACCUUGCCCUUCGACAGCGUGGCCUGCGGACACUUCCCCAAGCUCUUCACGGCCCUGGACCAGAAGAAGGACAAGCUGUACAUCUCCAGCUAUGGCCUGAUGGAUACUACCUUGGAGGAAGUCUUCCUGAAGGUAGCCGAGAACACUGGUGCCAAUAGGCAAGAUGUACUGUCCCCAUCAAGGACGAGCUCAUCUUCAGGGUUCGGAAGCUUUGCGGACUCACAGGACAACCAGAGUAGCUCAGGAUCUAGUGUGUUCAGGAGCCAGUCGACGUCAUCAUCAGCAUCGUCAUCCGACCGGUACUCAUCAUCUCAAGCUGGGAUGGAGCAUGAUGAAAUGGAGGUUGGUGACGGAGGAGGAGCAGGAGGAGGAAGGGGAGGGGGUACUUUCACCAAACUAUGGAGAAGGAGGGGGAGAGAUGGUGGUUCAAGGAGCAGUUCCGCUGGGGACGUUCCACUCAUCAGUGUCAGUGAACAGCCUAGUAACCAUGGAAAUACUUCUCAACAAGAAGAUGCUUCCCAGUUGGGUAACGACAUCACCUUCACUCGGCAAACGGGCUUGCUCCGUCAAUUAGUCAUCUUCAUCGCGCUCAUCAAGAAGAGGCUACACCACGUGAAGAGGAAUCGGAAGGGUCUCUUCUCCCAGCUACUCCUGCCGGCAUUCUUUGUUACCAUUGCGAUGACGGUGGCGCUCUCGGCCCCUCAUAUCGGCGAUCUUCCCCCUCUCAUCCUGUCACCGUCUCAGUAUCAUCCAUUUGAGUACCCAGAAGGCAACUUCAUACCUUACACGGACGAAGCCCUCAACGACAAACGCAGCUACCGAAUCUACCACUCCCAGUGCGGCGACGCCGGACCCCAGCAGCUGACCGAGACCUUCAAGUUCCCCGCGGGCAUCGGGGCCAGCUGCAUCCUCAAGACCCCCUUCAACGGAACCCUGGACCUGCUGGUGGAGUCGGCCAACUACUCCCACAGCGUCGGGUUGACCGGACAGUAUUACGAUCACAUGUGUGAGGAGUCGUUCAAAAAGGGGAAACCCCUCUCCAACUAUGUACCCACCCCGCCCAGCACCAACCCUCGUGAAGAAGAAGAGAUAGACGAAGCACAUGGUGGGACCCACAUCAAGGAAGUGAAGUGCUCGUGUUCCGACGAUCGCAAGAACUUCCAGUGCCCCAAGAAUGUUGGGACACCUGACCCUCCGCUCUUGGAGGUCAUCACCAGUGACAAUCUUAUGGACGUCAGUGGAAGGAAUCUCUCUGAAUAUCUUCUCUACACGACAAACAGGUUCAGACUUCAUAGGUAUGGAGCUCUCUCAUUUGGCAAUGUUAGAAACUUUGUUCCACCGAAGUUCAAUGAUGAUGUACCCACCAUCUAUAAGAAGAUCGCUGUGCGCAAUGCUGCAAUGACAUGGCACAAUCAUAAGGGAUUUCACAGCCUGCCAACGUAUCUCAGCGUGAUGAACAAUGCUAUCCUGAGAGCUAACCUUGAUCCGCUGAUACAUGGUAACCCAUCAGCCUAUGGGAUCUCUGUCAUCAACCAACCAAUGAACAAGACAAGCUCCACCAUGCUUGACGAUUACACACUGCAAGAAACAUCCCAAGUCCUCAUUGCCAUGUUCAUCAUCGUAGCCAUGUCCUUUGUACCGGCUAGCUUUGUAGUCUUCGUGGUGGCGGAGAGGGCGUCCAAGGCCAAGCAUCUCCAGUUUGUUAGUGGAGUCAACCCGUUAGUCUACUGGCUCUCCAAUUUCUUCUGGGACAUGAUGAACUACUUGAUACCAGCAGCUUGCUGUGUGACGAUCCUCAAAGCUUUUGAUAUCCCAGCUUACUCCUCGGCCACCAACCUCCCAGCUGUGGUGAUCCUUUUCUUGCUUUAUGGUUUUUCCAUCACACCAAUGAUGUACCCAGCCUCAUUCAUCUUCAAGGAAUCUAGUCUUGCCUAUGUGUGCCUCAUUGUCAUAAAUCUAUUCAUCGGUAUCACAACCAUCUGUGGAAGUUUCUUGGUCGAACUCUUCAACCUCGAUGAUGAGGGUUUAAAGAAGGUGUACGAUACAAUGUACUCUGUCUUUGUCAUCUUUCCUAACUAUUGUCUUGGACGUGGGCUCAUGGAUCUUGCUUAUAACGACUACAUGAAUGAGUAUUACACCAAAAUAGGUGCCGUUGAUGAAGUUCAGUCACCGUUCAGAUGGGAUAUGCUUAACAGAAUGUUUUUUGUGAUGGUCAUAGAGGGUGUCCUGGCAUUUGCAUUUACCGUCCUAUGUGAAUAUGGAUACAUCAUCAGAAGAAUAGAAAUAUUGCCGUGCUGUAGAAGGAAAAAAGUUGAUAAGAGUCUUCUAUUCAGCGAAGAUGAAGAUGUUUUACGGGAGAGGCAGAGAGUAUUAGUCGGAGAAGCCUCCCAAGAUUUACUGAGAAUAGAAAACCUUACAAAGAUAUAUAAAACUAGAAGAUUAGGGAGCCAUUUAGCGGUAGACGGUCUCUGUUUAGGAGUGCCAGAAGGAGAGUGUUUUGGUCUCCUUGGCGUAAAUGGUGCAGGGAAGACAACUACAUUUAAAAUGCUUUGCGGUGAUUUGGGAAUCACAGGAGGGGAUGCCUACAUAAAUAAAGAUAGUAUAUUCAAGAAGAAGAUGAAUGCAUAUAAAUGUAUAGGAUACUGUCCUCAGUUCGACGCGCUAUUUGAUGAGCUCACAGCGAGAGAACAUCUCCUACUCUAUGCAAGAAUAAAGGGGGUCCAGCAAAAAGAUGAAAAACAGGUUGUAACAUGGGCAUUACGUAAGAUGGCAUUGAUGCAGUACGCAGACCGUCCCGUCGGGACGUACAGCGGAGGGAACAAGAGGAAACUGUCGACUGCCAUCGCACUUCUUGGCAAUCCUCAGAUCAUAUUCAUGGACGAGCCAACGACAGGAAUGGACCCGCAUUCCAGACGUUUCCUCUGGGACUGUCUCCUAUCCAUCGUGCAGGAGGGUCAAAGAUCAGUUAUCCUCACAUCGCACAGCAUGGAGGAGUGCGAAGUUCUAUGCGGCCGUCUAGCCAUCAUGGUUAACGGUAAAUUCAAGUGCCUUGGAUCCGCCCAGCAUCUGAAGAAUCGCUAUGGCGACGGGUACACGGUGACGCUGAAGGUGGGAGGGGAGAGGCCCAACGUCAAAACGGUUACGAGGUGGUUUAGCCAUACCUUCCCACAUUCAGACCUCAAGGAGGAACAUUUUAAUAUGGUGCAAUAUAGUAUAAAGCUAGAGCAUGUAGAUCUAGCCGCUAUCUUCAGUCAAAUAGAAGAUGUAAGAGCCUUACUUAACAUCAAGGAGUACUCCGUCAGUCAAACAACACUGGAUGAUGUGUUUGUGACGUUUGCCAAGCAACAAGUGGGCCAUGAAGACGACAGCUCGUCUGGAAGCAAAGAUAAUAAGAAGUCAUCUAGAAGAACCAAACUUGAAAUGAAAUCCAUGUUACUAGAUGAAAGUCACCUUGAAUCGGAUUCCGAUGACGAAUUCCUACUCAAAUUCAGCAAAAAUAAUCCUCAUCUGACCUUUGACAUAGAAGUAUGAAGUUUGUGGCAUCUCGGUGUCCUCACCAUCUCGAGCGAGUAACUAUGGCAACCAAAGUGAUUGUCAACAUUGCAACUUCACCAUCAAGCACCGUCAUGAUUGAUGAUAACACGAAAGAAUCGAAGAAAGAAACAUGCUGGCAUUGGCUUCCUCAUGUCAAUGUGUGAAGUCUAUUGGAGCCAAGUAAUUGAGUACUUCAAAGGCUCUAGGGAAUAAAUUCAUGAACUGCUUGGACAAAGGUUAGAGCUUCCGAUGAGUCUCUGGAAGUCAUAGCAACAAUUACAACUUAUGUGUUUGUGGAAAGAAAAGUGCAAUUAGAGUGAGUAAGAAUGGGUAAUAAAGUCUGCCUUGAGGUGGAAAUAUUUUGUAUUCCAAUAUUUUUAAGAGUGAUGACAUUGGAAAGAACUUUUAUAGGAGAAUCCUGCUUUUGUUUUGAAAAUAUUAGAGUCACAAGUCCUGGAUGGACAAAAUUCUUUUUGGAAGGAAAAUCUUUUCAAGGCUGAAAUUUGAGGGGGCACUUUUAGGUUUCAUGGCUAGGGGUACUUCCUUAUACCCGUCAAUCAUCAUGGAAAGUGAAGGUAAUUGAAUUUAGGCAGGAUUUUCCAUCUCUUUGGUAAUUGUUGUUAUGGAAACAACAUCCAACUGAAGUCGGGAUGGAAGAAGUGAUCUAUUCCCAAACAGAAUUUUGGAGAACGUUACCGCAGAAAACUUCUGGGAUGGUUGGUCAACAGUUUUUCUGGGAUGGUUGGUCAACAGUUGGAAUAUAUCGUGAAGGUUUAUCGUAAUGUGAUUGAUAAAAGGGGCCUUGCAGAGCUGCAGAAUUUUCUGAAAUAAAGAAAAGAUGAAGUGUCUCUUGUUGGUAUGCACUUGUUGUACAAUGUAUGUUUCCUCCGUGUGUCUCGUACAUCAUGCUGCAUUGUUCGUACCUGUUUUAACCCAAAUUUAUAUAGUAUGGACCUAUGAGGUACAGAUUGUCUUUAGAUUUUUAUAAAAUGUACAAAAAACACUUUGAAGACUUGAAGAACUAUUUUAAAAAGAAAUGAAUUAUUGAAAGAUAGGUACAUGUCACUGCAGUAGUGGAAUAAAAAAUAUCAAUAACAAAAUAUAAAGAAUAUAUUC